CUGGCCCAACCCAACCAACGCCUUCCCCUCAUCCACACCGACCUCCUGCGCUUCAGCGCCGCCGUUCAACCACCGGCCGCCCGAAUCUCGGGCGCCUCCCAUGGCCUCCUCCGCCUCCGUCUCGCCUGCCGCCGCAGCCUCCGCCUCCGCCAACUUCUCCGGCACCCACCGCCGCCUCUUCCUCCCCUGUUCCCUGCGCCGCCUGCCCCGCCCCCGCUCGCGCCCGCGGUCGAGCUCCCGCCUCCGCCUCGCCGCCUGCCACGCCAAUACCCUCCUCUCAUCCUCCGGGGCUCAGGGACCGUCAGCCCCCGCAGCCUGCUCGUCCGCCUCCUCCGCUGGCGGGUUCUCUGAAUGGCUGCUCACGCACGGGCUGCCGCCGGGCAAGGUGGCCAUCCUGGAGCGCCCCGUGCCUUGCUCCCGAGGGGGUAAGGACCGGCCGCUGCACUUCGUUGCUGCUGGCCAGGAUCUCGAGGUGGGGGAUGUGGCGUUCGAGAUGCCCAUGUCGCUCGUCGUCACUCUGGAGCGGGUUCUGGGCGACGAGUCCGUCGCUGAAUUGUUAACAACAAACAAAUUGUCUGAGCUGGCAUGCUUGGCAUUGUAUCUCAUGUAUGAGAAGAAGCAAGGAAAAGAUUCACUUUGGUAUCCGUACAUUAAGGAGCUUGAUAGACAGCGAGGAAGGGGGCAGCUAGCUGUAGAAUCACCGCUUUUAUGGACUGAAAGUGAACUGGAUUACUUGAAUGGCAGCCCCAUGAGGGAUGAAGUUGUUGUCAGAGAUGAAGGGAUUAGAAGGGAGUAUAAUGAGCUUGACACAUUGUGGUUUAUGGCAGGUUCAUUGUUUAAGCAAUACCCUUUUGACGUACCUACAGAGGCGUUUCCGUUUGAGAUCUUCAAGCAAGCAUUUGUUGCUGUACAGUCUUGCGUGGUUCAUUUGCAGAAGGUUAGUUUAGCUCGGAGAUUUGCUCUAGUCCCCUUGGGCCCACCACUAUUGACCUACAAGAGCAACUGCAAAGCAAUGCUGACAGCUGUUGAUGAUUCUGUCCGGUUGGUGGUGGAUCGGCCAUACAAAGCAGGAGAACCAAUAAUCGUUUGGUGUGGGCCACAACCAAACUCCAGAUUGCUUCUCAAUUAUGGUUUUGUUGAUGAAGAUAAUCCGUAUGAUCGUAUAGCAAUCGAGGCAUCCCUAAACAUGGAGGAUCCUCAAUACCAAGAAAAGAGAAUGGUUGCUCAAAGAAACGGAAAACUUGCUAUCCAAAAAUUCCAAGUCUGUGUAGGCAAAGAGAAGGAAACCAUUUCAGAAAUGCUGCCUUACUUGAGGCUAGGAUAUAUUUCAGAUCCUGAUGAAAUGCAAUGCAUACUUUCAUCGGAGGGUGAUACAUGUCCAGUUAGUCCAUGCUCAGAGCGAGCUGUACUGGACCAACUUGUUGUGUACCUGAAGUCAAGAUUGGCUGGUUAUCCAACUACUUUGGAUGAGGAUGAAGCUAUGUUGGCAGAUGGCAAUUUGGAACCAAAGAAGGAAGUUGCAACUAGACUUGUAAGGUUAGAGAAGAAAUUGCUGCAUGGCUGUCUUCAGGCUGCUCAUGAGUUCAUAAGUGCCUUGCCUGACCAUACCGUUUCACCUUGCCCUGCUCUAUAUGCUCCCAAUUUGAAAUAAGAGAAGCAACUGUGCUGUGAGAUUCAAUUAUUGCUAGAUGGAUAUGUUACCCCAAAGCAUGUUCCCUGCCAAGUUCAUCAUCAGAAGGAAAUCUGUUCAAGUAAUAAGGGCAUCAUCAGUAUCGAGUAGAUCUACCCAAUGGUUGCAUUGCACAGAAGUGUGGAUGGCUGAAUUUUUUGCCGUUUAGAUUCGAUCUGCAUGUUCAUCUUUGACGACUGUGAGGAAUGAAAAUCUGUACAUGCUCGCUGUCUGUUUUGUCCAUAGAUGAACAUAGCUUUGGUACGGCUAUUCACUCUGUUUUUUUCUUUUUUUUCUUUAACGGCUGGUGUAGUUAUACUGUGAUGGCUGCAGAGCGUUCAAUGUCGUUUAAUGACCUUUAUUCUAUUAGAAGAAGAUGAAAUGAAAACGUAGGUAGGUGCACCAUGUGCUUGCUUUUAAUGGGAACGAAACCGAAGAACACCUACAGGAAA